UCCUGGCUUGGAGGAGGAGUUCCUGCCUGUGUUAAGCGGAAGGGGAAGUGUGAUCUCUGGAUAAGUAAAAAUAAGGGAGGAUUUGGGGAAGAUCAUUGAGAAACGGAAGAGCCUCUGUGAGAAGGUAAACUUGAGAUCUCUCUGUCUCACCUAGCAACCUCUGCAGUCCUUAUUCUAGACGCUGCAAAAUAAACUGUGGUAUUUGGAGACCAUGGCUACAGACCCGCUCUCUGAGCUUCAGGAUGAUCUGAACUUGGAUGAUACCAACCAGUCCCUCAACCAGCUCAAACUGGCCUCCAUAGAUGAUCAGAGCUGGCCAGCAGAUGAAGCCCCUGCUUUUCCAAAAUCAGAGGACUCCAAAGGCUCCCCUGAGCUCAUCACUCACCUGCAGUGGGAUGAUCCGUACUAUGAUAUCGCCAGGCACCACAUUGUGGAAGUAGUAGGUGAUGACAAAUAUGGAAGGAAAGUAAUUUUGUUCAGUGCCUGCCGGAUGCCCCCGAGCCAUCAACUUGAUCACGUGAAACUGCUGCGGUACCUGAAAUUCACACUGGACCAGUAUGUGGAGAGUGAUUACACACUAGUGUACCUGCACCAUGGCCUGACCAGUGAGAACAAGCCAUCCUUGAGCUGGCUGCGAGAUGCCUACAGGGAAUUUGAUCGCAAGUACAAGAAGAACAUCAAAGCCCUGUAUAUUGUGCACCCAACCAUGUUCAUCAAGACUCUGCUAAUUCUCUUCAAGCCUUUGAUCAGCUUUAAGUUUGGACGAAAGAUUUUUUAUGUGAACCUCCUUAGUGAGCUGGAGGAGUAUGUGAAGCUGGAACAGUUGGGAAUCCCAAGCCAAGUGCUGAAGUAUGAUGAAUAUCUGAGAUCCCUGCAGAAGCCUUCACAAGUGCCCCAGAAACCAACACCACCACGCCCACCACUGCCAAACCAGCAAUUUGGAGUCUCACUACAGCAUCUCAGGGAGAAGAGCCCUGAUCAGUCUCCUGUUCCUGUGGUGGUCAGAGAGACCAUUGCUUAUUUGCGGGAGCAUGCUCUUACUAAAGAGGGGAUUUUCCGGAGAUCAGCAAAUACACAAGUUGUCAGGGAGGUCCAGCAAAAAUACAACAUGGGUGUGCCUGUAGAUUUCCAAGAGUAUGAAGAAAUCCAUCUCCCUGCUGUGAUUCUCAAGACCUUCUUGAGAGAGCUACCUGAGCCCCUCCUCACUUUUGAUCUCUACAACCAUGUUGUCAACUUCCAGAGUGUGGAGGAGGAGAGUCGUGUGGAUGUUUAUCGCAAAGUACUCCAGACUCUGCCAGAGGAAAAUUACGAAGUGCUCCGUUUACUGACAACCUUUUUGGUGCAGGUAUCUGCUCACAGUGAUGAAAACAAGAUGACAAACACCAACCUGUCAAUUGUGUUUGGCCCAAAUCUGCUGUGGGCCAAAGAUGUAGCCAUCACCUUAAAAGCCAUCAAACCCAUCAAUACCUUUACCAAGUUCCUGCUGGACCACCAGGAGGAGCUCUUUGAGGAUGUGGAGGCCUGAAUCCAGGCCAGCCCACAGCAGCACACUGUGCACACCUUCCCACCUUCUUUCCUGCCUUGUCUUGGAGCUUGUGACCAAACUGUCUCCAUUGUAAAGGGACCAUUGAUCCUCUGGGUGAUGAGCAGAGUGAGAGCUGUGGAGAUGGUGGAGAAAGUGUGUAAGUAAGAAAGCAGGAGACCUGCUGCUCCAGAUGGGGAGGGGAGCUGGUCUCCUAGAUGCUGGGUGGAGUCCUAACCCACCUUCCAAUCUGUACAGCUCCUCCAGGGCUCAUCACCACUCUGCUGCCCUAUCAGAUGACCUGCCUUCCUUUCCUCUUCCCUCACAUGCAGUUUUCCUGCCCUCCGGGUCCCUUUCUCAUCAAAGAUGUUUUUUUGUUUAAGCUCCCAGUAGCCCUGGCUCGUCCCCCUUGCCUCAGCUAGGCUAUCUGGGCUAGGGCAGGCUUGCUGGGUUUUGUGGCAGAGGUGUUCUUGCUGCGAGUGCCAUCUCUCAGCACUGAACGUGCAUUCUGCCUUUCCCCAGAGUCACCGGAAGCAGAGAAGGGAGCCAGGCAGCCCUUGUGCUUCAGGAAGCAGCAUGUCCUGCACUUGCAAACACCACUCUAGACCCCAUGCUUCUGGCAGGCAAGUGAAGGACAGGCUCAUGGCACAUGGGCUGUAUUACUUGUCAUACUCCAAUACAAGAAAGCUGAAUUUAGCCCAAACUACUCUGAAAUCACCUACUCCCAGGUAUUAUUCAGUGUUUGCUGGGGGGUAGUGGGUGAGGUGCCUCCCGUAGUUACCUAGCUCAGGCGUGUUUUUAUCUCCAGCAGCAUUUCCAGCCUGGCUGGGAAGGUUCGUGCCAGACGUGGCUGUGCCGGGGUCUGGCUGGGGCCCCUUGACAGCUGGUGAGCCUGAAUGGCAGAGAGCAAGUGUCUUGGUGACACUAAACAGCUGAACACUAUGAGGAUCAUUGCCUUUCCCUCUGGCAGCAGCACAAGGCCUCUUCUCCAUCAGGCAUGUGUGUCUGUGCUGACUGGCACAGACUGCCUUGGCUGGUUGUCUUUUUGAGUAGAACUUUCCCUAGCACAGUGUAACAAGAGCAUGACCUUGAGGGGAAGUCUAGGGACUGGGGCUGGCCCUCACCCUGGAGUACAUCAGGCCUGGAUUAGGAAAUUCUGCCCAGGUACUGAGCACUUACGUGCCAAAGCUGCAAGGCAACAGCUAUUCCAUGCCAAGAGCCUUUGCCUCAUCUCCUCCUUAGUUCAUACCUUCCUUCCAUCCUACCAUGGAGGCCUGGUCAGAUGCAUCCUGUAUGCCCUGGGCAUGGCUGGAGAGAUCAGUUUGUCUGCAAGGCAGUCUCAGAGUGCUGUGGGCCUGGGACCUUCCCAAAGCAGCUUCAUUACUGUUCAGGCGUCACUAUUAGUUUUGGGUCGCAACAUUCCUGUUACCUGAGCUAAAACAGAUCCCUCUCCUUAGCCUGGGCCUGGCAGGCUGUUCCUAUGUAGCUUCUAGCCUUAACUUCACUGGUGUGUUUUGUAUCUUAUGCCCUGUGUGCCUGGGCCAGUCCUUCCUGCCGCAUCUGGCCACAGGGACAAAUCUUGUGGACCAAGCAGAACUAAUUUUUAAAAAGCUACUGGAUGCUAAGUAGAAUUUUCAUAAUAUUUUAGCCCGCCUUUAUACCAAGGUUGGUGCCCCAGUUGUAAUCAAAGUAAGGGACAUCUGCUGCAGCAAUUACGGAAAUUGCUCUUUCUGCUAAGCUCUGGAAUGGGAAUGGGUGCAAAUGUAGACAGCUCUGCGGGGUGGUGCAGGUCCAGCCAGCUAGCUCAGAGGACGCGUACCAACAUGCAGGUGGGAACAGUGAACAAGAAACAGCAUUACUGAGGCUAGAGCAAGACGUGUUCUAGGAGAGGGCUGGGUCUGAUUCCUUCUAGAUACCAGAGGACUUUGCCCUGUGAAGGCUACAGGGCUCCUUAGUCUCCCUCUUCCAAAAGUAGUUGUCUUGCCUGUUUGGCCAGGAUAUGAAUUGUUUCAGCCUGAAAGAUUCACAGCAGUAACCAAAUAAGCGUUUUGGAAGUAGAGCUACUCAGCUCCUAAUUCACCUGUGAUCUCUGCUAGAAUAAGGUAUCAGAGCUGAUGUGCUGUGAAGGAGUAAUUUCCUGGGAUGGGCAGUGCAGAGAGAGGUCUUCUUGCCCCAGUGUUUAAGAGGCAGCCUGGGAGGGAGCCCAGUGCAGCCCCUUUUUUGCCUGCAGGCGCCCUGCUCUCUGUAGGCUUCAGCAUGGAGGGAGACUUGGUGCUCUGACUGCAUCUGCAGCUGACGCUAGCCUUGCUUAUAUUCCCCUAGAGGAAAGGCAAACUCAGCUAACUUCACCUGGGACAAACCAACCCAAGGUUGGCAGUGUGCAACAGGCAGUGCCUGUGUGCCAUGGCACAAGGCCUUGGCCCUACACGCAGCCUGGCUCCCUUGGGAGGAUGGCACGUUCCAGCUGUGCAGAGCAGCGAGGACCAUUCCCUGCCCAGCAGUGAGAGGAGCAGUGCUGGAGUAGCUUAGCUUCUCUCCAGGGGAAGAGCAGGGAUUGCUGCCAAGUGUCCUUGUUCUGUCCUGAGUGUUUGGUGGGUGUUUUUCUUUUUUACUGAAUUCUUGAAAAUAUGUUCCUUUUUUAGCAAAAUGGAGCCUGGUGCAUCCCCUGCAGGCAGGGAUAAAAGCUUGCUCCAUUUCAGUGCCUGCAGGGAGCAGAUUUGGAGGGUUUUCGGGAAGCUGCUACUGUUCACGGUGGGGAAGGUGCUUGCAGACCCUGGAAUGGACCCAGUGUAAAUAUGCCCUUUCCUCUGCUGCUCCUCAUGCUGGAGCUACUAGGGGCCCUGGAGCAGGCACAGUAACCAGGGCUGCUUUUGCUUCUGCAGUUUGCUCUUCUGAAUGCCUUUAAUUGAAAUAUCCCUCUUGUGACUUGAGCAAGGAACUGGCCUGGGCCUGCUUGCAGCCUCUGCUGGUUAAGUGGCCACCAGAGCCUGCGUCUGCCAAGCCCAGGGGGUUAAAUCCCCUACUGGCUUGGUCAGCCUCUGGCAGGGCUGGGUUUCUCUUCGCAGAUGGGGGGCAGUAUCUGAUUAGGGUACUGGUCUUUGCUGUUUUUUUUUUCUUGCUGUAGAGCUGCCCAAGGGUCUCAUCCCUGUCUCAUCUUCCGGGUUUGCUAUUAGCUAUUUCUCCCUGGGGGGGUAACCAUUCCACCUCAGCCCUCUGCUUUUUAGCACCUAGACCGUGCCCUUCUGCUAACCUCUGGCUGUCUUAAUGGCCUCUGAUCACUCCCUGGCCCAAGCUAUGUACUGACACCAGAGCUUUUGGCUGGUGCCGGGGGUGCUGGGGCCAUCUGAAUGCCUUGUUUGCUGAUUUGAGAGAAAGCUGAAGGCCAGUUUGGUCCUCAUUUCCUCUUUAUGCACAGGGGCUUUUGUGUGAAAUUUUUGGCUUUGGUUUAGUUGCUGAUGUUCCUUGCCUUCUUUUCUGUUGAUGUUCAUCAGGUGCAGGGCUGGGGUUUUCACAGUUCACGUUGUUUAUUUCCUUCUAAUCUGCACCAAUCUUAUAUUUCACAGUUUGCACUUUUUGUAUUUCAAUAAAAAUCAAAAUGUAAUCCCAGAUCCAGGUGGUCUCUGUCAAGUGGCAGCAGCUGUCGCUCUUCUAGAAGAAACAGAAGUAAGGCUGGCUACACUGCCAACCACAACCAUGCAGAGAGGGAGAAAAGCCAAGUCUGAGAUGCUUCCUAUGAGAGUCACUCUGGGAAGAAAUACCAGUUUGCAGGAGCCUGGGCUGGAAACAGAUUUCAAACAAAAAUGAAGUAUUGCGAGUUUGGCUCUUUCCUGAACAGAGCUGGGCUUCUGUGUAACUGUCGCCCUGUCCUGAUGAGCAAUCUGCCUAGGAUUGCCCUUUCCCAGAGGCAGACCCAGGCAGCUGCACAGGUGCCAAGUGGGAGCCACCUGCAGGCUCCCCAGUUAGGGUUAGUUAGCUGGCUAAGUUUGUCCUGUGCCCGGAGUGGGGUAAGCACAGCAGAGGUCUGGACCUUCUGUGUGGUAGUCUUCUGAUUAGGACUACUCCACUCCAUCCCUUGAUCUGCAAACAGUUAACUACCUUUUCUUAAAGACACUGUAAUUUGCUGGAUAUGUCAGUAAGCUUUUUGGCUAGUAGAAAGGCUCUUAUAUGCCAAGUGAUUACUACAAGUGCGAGUGUAGCAACAAGUGAAACACAAUAGUGGUGGGAGGACUGGAGCAGAACAGAGAGCACUGCAGCUAAAAGCAUUGCUGUAGGGCAGUAGCCUGAGCCCUGGGUACUGGACUUGUCGUCUGGAUGAUGUGAUAAUGCUGAUGUUAACACUUGCAUUUCUAAACCUGCGUGCUACUUCUCAGUUUUUAUUACUGAUAAGCCAUCCAUUCACGAGUUUCCCAGCUCUGCCAGUUCUCCUUCCGCAUGUUAACAUUACUCCGUGUGACUCAUGACAAGCUGUCGGCUGUAUGCCAGAAGGCAGAGGUAUUUUUGGCGUCUGUUCACAGGUAAUACUUUGCAUACGGUACUUGUCUGACUCAUUAGUAUACCUGCUGUAACUAUUGCACAGGUUUGGUUCUAGAGUUGAGGGGUUUACUUAUUAUUUCUGUGGGGCUUUUUCAGGUGGAUGGAGCUUUUGGCUAGAGCCUGAUUUUUCUACCCUUUGGACUGUGUUGGCUGCCUGUAAUGAGGCCAGUGUGGUUAAUUUGCUGACUGUAGAGCAACCUCUCAAACCUCCUGCAAAUGCAGGACUUGGUCACUGUGAGCUGCUGAGGCUGGCUUUGGCAACUUCUCUUUUGGCCUCAGAGGAGCUCAGGAGCCAGUGAGUCCAGCCCUGCCAGAGUGCUGUACUUGGCAGGACGUGCAUGAUCUGUCUGCAACCACAUGGACGGUACUUAACACAGAGUAAACAGCAUGGCAACUGGAUGUGCUUUCAUGUGUAGCUGCCCUAAGGCCUGAAGGAUGUUAGUCUGAGAUAAUCUUUCUUUUUUUAAAUAUGCACAAUAGGCUCACAGCCAGAUGGUAUUUGAUUGUUCAUAACUUUAGUGACUAAUCAUCCUUUUGUGACUGUUUACCUUUUUACUUACUUGCUGACGGUCUUUCCAAUCCCUUGUCCUUGUCUUCCUGGUGACAAGGGUAGAUACUGAAGGGCCCCAUAGUAAGGCCCAGAUCCCACAGGACAGUUUAUGUGAGUUAGCCAGCAAUUCAUCUCUCCCUGCAUUGUGCAUUCUUUUUUAAGUGCACAAAAUGAUGCUCGUAACUACGCACACACACACACACACACACACAUAAUGUAGUUAGAUCAUUAUCUAUAAGGCUGCAAUGGGACACACAGAUAAAUUUGUUCCCAACUCACUAGGGAGGUCACCAGGUCCCAACACUAUGUGACUGUUCCCCACACCUGUAUCUGGGACCAGCCAGGCACCUGGUCUGAUUUUUCCUCACUAUGCUGCUUCCAGUAAUGUCCCCCUAGCAUCCUGCCGACUACUCCAAACCUGACACACCUGUGCCUUGUAC